AUGGAACUCAACCGAGAACAUUUUCGCUCCAUAAUUUAUUACAACUUUCAGAGACAAUUAUCGCAACAAGAAUGCCUUACUAAGUUACUGUCUGUUUUCGGCAACGAAGCGCGACAUCAGUCGACAAUUUCCCGUUGGUAUGGAGAAUUCAAACGUGGACGGGUGAGUCUUAGCGACGAUCCCAGGGUGGCAACAUUUGUGUCAAAAGCGGGUCAUAUUGCAAAAAUUCCUCUUAAUGAGCAAAGAACUGUUACUGCGGAUUGGUAUACCACCAUUUGUUUACCGAAAGUCAUCAUCGAGCUUCGGAAAAUCAUCCUCCACCAAGACAAUGCAAGCCCGUACACAGCCCAAAAAACAAGGCAGUAUUUAACGGAAGAAAACGUGGAAUUAUUGGAACAUCCUCCAUAUAGUCCCGAUCUAAGUCCUAACGAUUUCUUUACUUUCCCGAAAAUUAAAAACAGACUGCGUGGUCAAAGGUUCCAGUCACCAGAAGAAGCAGUUGACGCAUUCAAAAAUGCCGUUUUGGAUCUGCCAGCAAACGAGUGGAAUAAGUGCUUCUUAAAUUGGUUCGAGCGCAUGCAGAUGUGUAUUAAUCGUCAUACAAACAAAUAUUUGUCAAUUUUAGAAGAAUCGCUUUUGCCAGUGAUGGAAGAAUGUUUGACAUCCGGCCAAGAUUUUGUGUUUCAGCAAGAUGGUGCAGCGUGCCAUACCUCAAAAAAGGUUAUAAAAUGGAUGGAAGAAAAUAAUGUACCACUUUUGAAAUGGGUUUCUAGCAGUCCAGAUCUGUCACCUAUUGAAACUUUGUGGCACGAGAUGAAAAAGCCGUAA